AUGCUCUGAAAAAGACCAUAUGAACGCGAAUAAACGAGUGAAUAUGUUGAAUUGUAAAUCAUAAUGGUCAUUGAGAUAAAUGGCUCGCUUGUGAUGGCCGAGUCUAACAGGAAUAUAUCUGUAACUGGUGGCAAUACUAUAAUUGGUGAUCACAUGACAGUUAAUAUUACUCAAACUGGUACUUCAAGUGAAGAAAAUAAUGCUCCUCUACAUAUUACUCAUGCUGGCCCUUCCAGUGAAGUAAAUAAUGGAGCUGUUUCAACUGAAGAUAGAAAAAUCAGGGCUUCCAAUUGGCGCAAACCAGAUUAUCAGUAUUUUCAAAGAACGGAAUUAGAUGAUCAACUUAAGCGAUUGCAAAAAGGAGUUCCAAUAAUUUUGCAUGGAUCAAUUGGAGUGGGAAAAUCUUCUGCUGCUUUAAAUCAUCUUGUUGUCAACAAAGACAAAUAUGACAUCAGUUGGUUGAUAGAUCUUAAGAACUUUGACAGCAAACAAGUUGUUGAAUCAUUGACAAAGUUAGCGAAAAAGGUUUCAACCAAUAUGAGUUAUAAAGAAAUGCUGACAGCUAUUGAGAAAAGAGCCGAAGAAUUAAACGUAAUUUUUUUGCUUGACAACUUGGAGUCUAAGAAUCUUGAAGAAGAAUGGUUUAAAGAUUUAUGGGAUGUUCGUCAUUCAAUCAAAAUCCUCAUAACAACCAACGAUCGUAUCCUCAACCAUCCUCUUUGGAAUAUAUCCGAGAAAAUUGAAGUUGAUCGAUUUCAUGAAGGAAUAGAAUUUCUUAAAGAUAUUAAUGACAACAAAGAAAUGAAAAUAAAGCUCUGCGAGUAUUUUGGCUGGAAUAUUCUUGGCUUAACAGCUUCCAAAGACUAUAUUGUUCAAAAUAUGAUAUCCAUUAAUGAUUAUCUAGGCUUGUUAAAAAACAAAGUCGCAGUAAAGAAAGUUCGUGACGAAGAGCAAAAGCACAAAAUACACCUUCCCAUUGCAGUGCAAACCUGUUUAGAAAAAGUUGAAGAUGAGUUCUUUCCUGUCAUUGCAGCUGUGGCUUUUCUCAGUAAUAAUGGAAUACCAGAAUUCCUUUUGAGCAGUCAAUUACCUUCAAGUGAUCCCCACAUCAAUUUACAAAAAAUGAGUGAGCUUUGUAAUGGUGUUAAAUCGCUGAUUAAAAUAACAAGAGAAGGUGAUAUUCGCCUUUUUUCAUUCCAUUCUUUUACCCAACAGGUGAUCAAAGAUAUAGUUGAUGAAAAAGAAACCAUUAACAGGGAUGGCGCUAGGAUUUUUCAUUCUGGGUCCUGGGACCCACAUAUCUGACCAAAUUGGGGUCCCUAGCAUUUUUUGUGGGUCCCAAUCUUCUCCCCAAAAAAUUGCUUUGGAAAAAAAGAGUAGCAAAUAAAAGUACAUUAUUUUGACUUUAAUAUGAACUUGAGUUGCCUUUAUUGCUAUUUUCUUCUCAAGGCAUACAUGUAUCACAGAGUAUUAACAGAGUAUAAACGAUGAACAAAAUGCACUCUGGCUAAGACGGCUGAAAAAUAA